AUGUCCAAGUUCGGUGACUUUGAGGAUUGCAUCGUCAUGAAGGAUCGAUCAACUGGAAGAUCUCGUGGCUUUGGAUACGUCACCUUUGCUUCAUCUCAAGAUGCUUCUUCCAUUGGCAUAACUGUGAUGAGUGCUUUAAUCUUGGAAGUCAAAGUUGCUACACCAAAGGAAGAGAUGAGACAGCCUGCCAAAAAGGCGACAAGGAUCUUUGUUGAGAGGUAUGGUGAAAUCACUGACCUGUACAUGCCUAAGGACCCAAAGAGAAGUGGACAUAGAGGUUUCGGGUUCGCUACCUUUGCUGAAAACGGUGUUGCAGAUCGUGUAUCCCGGAGAUCUCAUGAAAUCUGUGGACAAGAGUUGGGAUAUGGAAUGCCGAGCGCAAGACAAUCAAGAUCAGACUGGAGGUACCGGCCAUACUAA